AUGCCAGUUACCCAAAUAUUCCAGUCGCUCAGCACAUGAGUCAAUAUUCUCCCUUACUACUCCGACUUCUUUGAUUGUUGCUGCCUGUUAUCCAACCUAUCUCGAUCCACUCGGGGAAAACUCUUGGAGAACUUCUCUGCUUUGCAGAGAAGUUUCUCUACUCAAGUGGAAGUCUGUGAUGGGUUUGAUAAAGGUAUUGCAGAGAUGCUGAAGAAGAAGCUGAGCAAGGGAAGAGCCAUAAGGCGGAUUUCAUUCUUGUACGUUUACUUGAUGAUGAAAAUUAAGAAACUGAAGGUGACUCUGAGGAAUAACGAACAGGUCAGAAGCCUAUGAACAUUUAUAGAGCAAACUGAAGGAUUGGAGAUGCUUGAUUUUGUCGAAAUUUAGUAUCCCAGUUGUUGUAUCCAGAGAUCAUAGAUAUUUUCGAAGUUUUUAUCCUCCUUUGGAACAGAGUACUAGCUGUGACAAUAUUAUGAAACUCUACGAAGCCCUAAUCUUGAAAGAUCUAGACCUUAGCCUAAUCAAAUUCACCACUAGAUUCCAACUAAAUCACAAUAUUUUCGACCAAACAUCAAAUCAGCCCCAAAACUACUCAUCCCCAAUCCAAAACGGAUACAUUGCAGACUUCGCCCGCUUCCUACCACCCACAACCCUCGAAAUCACCUCCAGUUACAACCUAUCCUACUUCUCAACCCAGCUCCUCCUCCCCAGCCAACUAAUCCUCCCCGGUCACCUUCUCCCUUCCCUAUUCGACUUCUCCUUCACGACUUCCUCACUUUGCCUGAACACAACAGACCUUAUCAUAACUCUUCCUUCUUUCUCAACACCUCCUAAUUCCUUUACACCCAGUUCUUCCCUUGGGCAGCUCCAAGCGGAGCUUGGCUCCGCCCAAGCCAAGCAGCUGCUGACGAAGGAAGGGUGAUCAGUGGUGUUUAGAAAUUUGGCCAAAUUUAAAGUGAGAAGGGUCCUGGUGGAAAAUGAGAAGUGGGAUUUUGAGCAAGAUGUGUUUGAGGGAGGGGAUGUGAUGACUAAUUAAUACUUCAUGGACUAGAGAAAGAAGAAAUGAGUUUUUUGAAGAAGAGCCAGCCUGUGUCCUUGAAAAUGAAUUAUCGAAUGAGGAUGAUCUUAGACCCAACCCAAUUGAAGUGUACUACUUUGAUACAGCAACUGGUAGUUGUCACUCUUUUUGAGCCAAAAAGGUUGAGAUGAACACAGAACCUUUGAGGGUAUACCCUUCACCAGACUUUAUUCAAGUGGAUUAUUCAAAAUGAAACUUUUAUGGGAUUUAUGAUAAGGACGGCCUUGAUACUACCAAUUUUGGGAAAUUUAUUGCAGAUGUCAAGACAAACUUCCUUUCAAAGAUCGAAUUUGGAGACGAACAUCAUCUAUGGAGAGACCUCUUAGAAAUAUCCGAAGAACUUGACAAAACAGUCUUCAUAAAAUGCCCCUCAAUAUCCACAGUAUCCGGUUGAAAAUCAAUGUGGUCCUUCAUCGACCAAACAUUCUACCUCACCCCUACUCCACCCCACAAACUCCCAUUCCACCACAAAAUCCAGCACUUCCACCUCACCUGCACCGACUUCUCCACUUUCCCCGACCAAAGCACCCUCCUCAAAAAGCUCCUGUGCACCUCUACCCCCACUAAAAUCCACUUGACCUCCCAUCCCACUAAAAAUUCCUUCGAUCACUUACUUGCCUGCUUCAAGCUGUCUCUCACAGAUCUAGCGCUGACGCUGACCACAGCGUCAGCCGAGAGGCUGACUUGUGAGCAGCUGGUAGUGCUAGCAACGUACUUGUGAAGGAAGAAGCUGGAGAAAGUGAAGGUAGUGGAGAGAGGAAAGGAGACGUGAACGAAGGUCUUCUACCCGAAGGGCUCUGGGGCAGAGGUUUAGAGGAAAAUUGGAUGGAUUAGAUGG